CCCGGAAGUUGUUUUGGUUAAUGGUGGCGCAGAAAUGGCUAGCGUUUCCACAACUCCGGCGUCUAGAAACGCAUCAAAGAUGGCUAGUUCAUCAGCAGGAGCUGCUGGUAGCAGCAGUGGAAGUGGAAGUGGAAGUGGAGGUGGAAAUGUAGCCUCCAGUCUGUCUGGGACUGGGGCAACUUCGAGCCUCACCGGGACACUUAACAAGAAGAAGAAACCCUUUCUGGGCAUGCCAGCACCCCUGGGAUAUGUGCCUGGUCUCGGUAGAGGUGCCACUGGUUUCACCACCCGGUCUGAUAUCGGCCCAGCCCGGGAUGCCAAUGACCCAGUGGACGAUCGCCAUGCUCCUCCGGGGAAGAGGACCGUGGGGGAUCAGAUGAAGAAGAACCAGGCAGAUGAUGAUGAUGAGGAUCUCAAUGACACCAACUAUGAUGAGUUCAAUGGUUAUGCUGGUAGUCUGUUCUCAAGUGGGCCCUAUGAAAAGGACGAUGAGGAAGCAGAUGCAAUUUACGCUGCUCUUGAUAAGAGAAUGGAUGAAAGGAGGAAAGAGAGAAGAGAACAGAGAGAGAAGGAGGAGAUUGAGAAAUACCGUAUGGAGCGUCCAAAAAUUCAGCAGCAGUUUUCUGAUCUUAAGAGGAAGCUGGCCGAGGUCACUGAAGAAGAAUGGCUGAGUAUUCCAGAAGUGGGCGAUGCCCGAAAUAAACGCCAGAGGAAUCCACGCUAUGAGAAACUUACGCCUGUACCAGACAGCUUCUUUGCCAAGCACCUCCAGACGGGAGAAAACCAUACGUCAGUGGACCCCAGGCAAGGGCAAUUUGGAGGGCUAAAUACACCUUUCUCUGGAGGGCUGAACACCCCUUAUCCAGGAGCAAUGACCCCUGGCCUGAUGACCCCAGGAACAGGUGAACUGGACAUGAGGAAGAUCGGGCAGGCCAGGAACACCCUGAUGGACAUGAGACUUAGUCAGGUGUCUGAUUCUGUCAGUGGACAGACAGUUGUUGACCCAAAGGGCUAUUUGACAGAUCUGAACUCAAUGAUUCCAACUCACGGCGGAGAUAUUAAUGAUAUCAAGAAGGCUCGCCUACUGCUGAAAUCCGUGCGGGAGACCAACCCUCAUCAUCCUCCUGCCUGGAUUGCCUCCGCACGCCUGGAGGAGGUAACAGGCAAGUUGCAGGUGGCCAGGAACCUCAUCAUGAAGGGCACAGAAAUGUGUCCCAAGAGCGAAGAUGUCUGGCUGGAGGCAGCAAGACUACAGCCAGGAGACACCGCCAAAGCAGUGGUGGCCCAGGCAGUCCGGCAUUUGCCUCAAUCUGUCCGCAUCUACAUCCGUGCAGCUGAGCUGGAGACAGACAUUCGGGCCAAGAAACGCGUCCUGCGGAAAGCUCUGGAGAACGUGUCCAAGUCUGUGCGAUUGUGGAAGGCCGCAGUGGAGCUGGAAGAGCCCGAAGAUGCCAGGAUCAUGCUCAGCAGGGCUGUGGAGUGCUGCCCUACCAGCGUGGAGCUUUGGUUGGCCCUUGCCAGGCUGGAGACCUAUGAGAAUGCCAGGCGUGUGUUGAACAAGGCUCGUGAAAAUAUCCCCACUGACAGACACAUCUGGAUCACAGCUGCCAAGCUGGAGGAAGCCAAUGGCAACACACAGAUGGUUGAAAAGAUCAUUGACAGAGCCAUCACGUCCCUCAGAGCCAAUGGAGUGGAGAUCAACAGAGAGCAGUGGAUUCAGGAUGCGGAAGAAUGUGACAAGGCAGGCAGCGUGGCCACUUGUCAGGCUGUCAUCAGAGCAGUCAUUGGUAUUGGGAUUGAAGAGGAGGACUGCAAGCACACCUGGAUGGAGGAUGCUGAAAGUUGCAUUGCACAUGGUGCCCUGGAGUGUGCAAGAGCCAUAUAUGCACACGCCCUGCAAGUCUUCCCAAGCAAGAAGAGUGUGUGGCUCAGGGCAGCCUACUUCGAGAAAAGCCAUGGAACCAGGGAAUCUCUGGAAGCUCUGUUGCAGAGGGCUGUGGCUCAUUGUCCCAAGGCGGAGGUCCUUUGGUUGAUGGGAGCAAAGUCAAAAUGGCUCGCUGGAGACGUGCCUGCAGCUAGGAGCAUUCUGGCUUUGGCUUUCCAGGCGAAUCCAAACAGUGAAGAAAUCUGGUUGGCUGCCGUGAAGCUAGAGUCUGAGAACAACGAGUAUGAAAGAGCGAGGAGACUGCUGGCCAAGGCUCGGAGCAGUGCCCCCACGGCGAGGGUGUUCAUGAAGUCGGUGAAGCUGGAAUGGGUUCUGGGGAACAUCUCCGCAGCACAGGAGCUGUGUGUGGAGGCCCUGAAGCACUACGAAGACUUUCCCAAGCUGUGGAUGAUGAAGGGGCAGAUAGAAGAGCAGUCUCAGUGCAUGGACAAGGCCCGGGAGGCCUAUAACCAGGGGCUGAAGAAAUGCCCACAUUCCAUUCCCCUAUGGCUGCUCCUCUCCAGACUGGAGGAGAAGGCAGGCCAGCUGACCCGAGCCAGAGCGAUCCUGGAAAAAUCCAGGCUGAAGAACCCUCAGAACCCAGAGCUGUGGCUGGAGUCUGUUAGAUUGGAGUACAGGGCAGGACUCAAGAACAUUUCAAACACGUUGAUGGCCAAGGCUCUACAGGAGUGUCCCAAUUCCGGAAUACUCUGGGCAGAAGCCAUUUUCCUUGAAUCUAGACCUCAAAGAAAGACCAAGAGUGUGGAUGCCUUGAAGAAGUGCGAACAUGAUCCUCACGUUCUGCUUGCAGUAGCCAAGUUGUUCUGGAGUGAAAGGAAAAUAACCAAGGCCCGCGAGUGGUUCCUCAGGACCGUGAAAAUCGAGCCUGACCUAGGGGAUGCCUGGGCUCUGUUCUAUAAGUUCGAAAUCCAACAUGGAACAGAGGAGCAGCAGGAGGAAGUCAAGAGGCGGUGCGAGAACGCCGAGCCGCGACACGGAGAGCUGUGGUGCGCCGAGUCCAAGCACAUUCACAACUGGCAGAAGAAGAUCGGGGAGAUUCUGGUCCUUGUAGCUGCAAAGAUCAAAAACACCUUUUAAAUCGCGCGCACCGACUCUGUUUAUAUAGAACCGAAUGCUUUCCCAUAGGUGUAGCAAACGGAGCAUGCCCAAACUCUGAAAAUCCGUUUCCUGUCAUGCAAAUGUAAACUACACACUGUGUGUUUUUUUAAAAAAACAACAAAUGCAUCUAUAAAAAAAGUGAAAAGUUGUAUUGUUUUGUCUUUUAAGGAAUGAUUACUAUAAGUGCUGUUUCCUACUUAUCACCCUUCGACCUCCCCUGGUUUUUUCUUCAGCAAAGGAUUGAUGUCCUAUCUAGUGUCGCUGAACUGAAGCAUCUUUUGGCCUGACAAAAUAUAUUUAUGUAAUAAUUCCUCUUUGUAAAUAUUGUGCGACCUUUGGGGUUUAUAUACAGAUUUUAUUUCUUUUUCUGUUUUAUUUUGGAUCUGGGACAUAGACUACAGUUUGAAAGUGCUGGAUUUAUUUUAAACUGUGACUGUAUCCUAUGUAGUGCGACAAUGCAUUUACCUCGGGAAGCCUUUGAGUGAUAUAUUUUUGGUCAACAGUGAGCUUGGCAGUAAUUGUAACUGCCUCCUACUGUAUGUAAAAGUGUCCUGACUUGCUUACUUUGUUGAAAAGGGAGAAAACUGAAUGGUAACUGUAAAUGUAUGAAGCUGACCUUUACUUGUAAGUUAUUUUUCCAUUAAUCUUUUUAAUUAAAGGAAAAUGGAUUAAUAAAACUACUAUUAACAAAUGUCCCUACAUAAUUGUGUCAUAAUAUUUUGUCCCUACAAAAUAUUGUGGAUACAAAUUUGGAGAUAAAAUAAAAAAUAAUCUUCUUGUU